UAGCAAUAGACUUUUUGAUCAAGAGACAUCUAAUUUAGCUAUUGGAUUAGCAUAAUGUAUAAACAUAACAUCUUUGACACUAGAUUUAUCUAAUAACAAAAUAAGUCAUCAGGGAAUAUCCAAUUUAGGCAAAUAAUUAGAAAACUGCCUUUAAUUAGAAUUUUUGCUCAUCUAUCUAGGAAAUAAUUAAAUUGGGGAUGAAGGAGUAAUCGGAUUAGGAAGUGGAUUAAAAACUAUUCCUAAGUUAAAGAGUUUGACAUUAGAUUUAAAGGAAAAUAAUAUUUGCGAAAGCGGAGCUCAUAGUUUAUCAGAUAGCUUGGAAAAUUGCUACUAAUUAACAGAUUUAUCUUUAGAUUUUUAUGAUAACAAAAUUGAAGGCAAGGGAAUUUCUUAUUUAGGAAGAGGAUUAAAAAAUUGUAGAAAUCUAAAAUAAAUUACUCUUAACUUAUGGUAAAAUUUAAUUGAUGAUGAUGGAAUAGCACGCUUUGGAUAUGACAUAGGUAAAAUGACAUCUCUAACUAACUUUAGUAUUUAUUUAUGGAAAAAUUAAAUUCGAGAUGAGGGCAUUUCUAAUUUUGGAUAAGGAAUUAGUAAAAGUAGAAGUAUUAGGAAUCUUCUAAUCAAUUGCUGGUCAAACAAUAUUGGAAUCUAAGGCGCUUUAGGAUUUUUAAAAUAAUUAUAAAGCUGUUUGAAACUCAACUCUUUGAUUAUUGAUUUAUAAAAUAAUAAUAUUCGAAAUCAAGAUAACUACAAAUUACUCAACAAAAUAUAAAAAAUUAAAAGAUUAGUAAAAAGAUAUAUUAAGCUUCCAUAGGCAAAUAAAUACUGA